AUGGGUGGUGCUCCAUCAGCUGUCGAAAACACUGUCAAUUCAACUGUACAAGAAGUUACGACUUCAGUUGCAGAAGUUACUAAUACAGUUGGAGAAGUAAUAGAAUCUGAGGUUAAACAAGUCAUUGGAGAGAUUUUUCCCAGUAAUACCGAAUCUGGUAAUUCGAAGACUCUAGAAGAAAUUGAAAGAGAAAAGGAACAACUCGAACGAUGGCGAUUGGCUUGUAUUGCUUUGGAAAAAGAGCUUCAAGAAAAGGAGACCAUAGAGUCUGAAGAAGAUUUAGAUAAACAUGAUAAGAGAAGCAUUGAGAAAUUUUAUGAACUUGCAAAAAAGGUAACUCCUCUUACAUUAACUGGUCGUAAUAUUGGCUUUUACGGCGUUACUUCUACUGGCAAAAGUUCAAUGAUCAAUGCUCUAUUGGGUUCGAAAUUGGCUGCAGUUGGAUUUGGUGAAACAACUACGGAAAUUACAGGAUAUGAUGGAUCAGAUUAUCGACUUUACGAUAUUCCAGGCAAAAAUGAUGAUGUUUCCUUAUUCACAAAGGAUUAUAUAGCUUUAAUGAAAGGCUUAACUCAUCGUAUGGUAUUAAUCACGGCAACAAUUAAAGAGAUUACUAAACUUUUAGGCUUAUUUAAUGUACUGGGUCUAACUUAUGAUAUUGUCGUAAAUAAAUUUGAUUCAAUUGACACAGAAGAACGAGAAACAUUUCGACAACAAAUAUUGAAAGAAAUUGAAGAAUAUCAAUUAAAAGGAGUACAUCAAUUAUGGUGCGUCAGUGCAAAACAUCCGGAACAGUUUCCUGAUUGGCUUCAAAUGGUUAAUUAUUUAACACCAUGA